AUGGAUAGAUAUUUUGAUGCUAACCGUCCAAGAACCGAUGGCCCUAGUGACUACUACAUUGACCCUCGCCUACUUGAAGGCACUCAGAGACACACCGAGAACGUCGCGAUCGGUGACCGCGUUGAAGUUGCUGCACCUGAGGAUGAGGUGCCCAAUACCGCAGGGAAUCACUUCAAUAACUUCUAUGAAGACAACUCGACGGAAUACGACUCUUUUCCUGAUAAUACCAGUUUUGAUGUUCCGCAGUACCCCGAUCUCACUGCCUUCAAUCUCCCAAACAAUGCUUUCUCUAACCGUGUUCUGUCAAACCCUGGAUUAGAUGAUACUGGAUCAGAGAAUGCUGGAUGGAACGGUACCAAUCGAAGUAACUGUGAUAAGACCGCGAACACUCAUGAUGCCCAGCCUGUUACCUUUGGUGAGGCUUUCGAGUCUCUCGCCAGCCUUGAGUCAAAGUGCUUCGGUACUUAUUUCCAUACUGCAGUGGAAAAAUCCGCAGCAACGGACGCUACCAAUGGAUGCUUUGACAUUGACAAGUUUCUGAUGAAUGACAACCGCCACUACCAAACAGCCAACGGUGUCACGCAGACUUCUGAAGAUCUGCUUGGGCAUUAUUCGGCCUAUGCGAACCAAAACCCGGUCGCUGAUGGUUUAUCCAAUGCUGCGAGAGCUGUUGCCUAUCAGCAGCCGGCCAAUAAUGGGAUGAAUGGGCAUUUGAACGCCGUCCCUCAGCUUUCUGGCGUGUCCGUCUCAGAGAGUGAUGGCAGUAACCCGCAUAUACGUCGCCGCAUGCUGGCCUCUAUAUCGUCCAACAUUACUCCUUCCGAGGCUACCCCAGCUCCUGCUGGGCCUACCCAACUCUGUUCCCCUCCUCAGGAAAUCGACCGCGUCUUCGGAAAUGGACUAUUGAGGAACGCUGUCAGCACUUCGAUGAAGCGGAAGGCCUCGGACGCUGGUCCCUCUGAUCCUGUGCUUCAAAGUGGUUCAGACGCCGUUGCUGAUGGGUCAAAUGCAGUCGAUGAUGGCUUCAAUAUCAGUGCUGGCCCUAGAGCCAAGAAGGCGAAGAUUUUGAAGAAACCCAAAGCCAAGGCGGGCCAAUCCAAGUCUCGUAGGGGUAAGGGCAAAGGUAGACAGAGGGUUGUGGUGAAAGAAGAGGAAGAAGGAUCAGAGUCAGAGGUCGAGCUCGGCCCAGAGCCGCAACGAAUCAAGGUCGAUGAUUUCUGGGACUCGUUGAAGGAGUCCAAGGGCAUUCGGCCUCAUAUAUUCCCGGAUAUUGAUGAGUUGCUGAAUCCGACCAGCGAUACUGCACAGACUACCACCUAUUCUUCGGCACAGGAAGCGAGGGCCGCCAGCGAGGUGGUCACUGAUGUUCGAGAUGAUCUUACCCUCCCCCAUACCGAGGCGGCAAAAAAGGCCAUCGUUGUAGCGCUAGUUGAUGCCAUGCUCAACGUUGAAUACGCGCAGGAUGGCGCGAAGGCUUUCAAGGCGUGGAGAAAGGCAAGGGUGACGCCCAUAAUGGCGGAAAGGGCAGCGUGGGAGCUCCUGGAGGGGCUGAUCUCGCGGAACACUGACGGUCCCGCACUUCUCAGCUACGAAUACCAGAAAUGGAUUUACGAGCCCAAAUGGAUGACGUUCAAGGACCGACUUUCAAAGAUCAUGGAGGGACUCAUUUACCACAAGACCAUGUGUAAGCACAUUAUUGACGCUUCGUACGUCAAAGGCCUUAUUGAGGACCCACCUGGAAGCGUAAAUCGUGUUCGCACCAACGUCACAGUCAACGGCAAAAAGGCUGCCAUCAUCGCGGCCGGGAAGAAAAUCAUGGACAAGAUCGACAAGAAGAAGGCCAAGAGCGAGCAGACCGAGAAAACUGGCGACGACGAAACCGAUGUUUCUGCACCCGUGGACAAGAAUGACCAGUAUGACGCUGACGAUGAGUUCACUGCGGAUGAGAAUGCUAUGAAUGAGAAUGAAACCCAGCCCACCUUGCCUACUUCCGAGGCCGCGAGUCCUUCCCCUACGAUGGACCAGGAUUUCAUUCCAAACCAAGACGAUGCCACUUCACGAGUCCCCGCGCAGAACGUCACUUCUGAUAUCUCGGCUCAAGAUGGACUGCCAUUCGGAGAUGGCAAUCCUUUCAUGGGGGCGCCCCUGUGCAAUCCCGAAUCACUUAUGAUUCCCAACCCAGGUUCUACUAUGGCUGGGACUGCAAACGAAUUUCUCGGCAAUGUUCCCCGCGGUAACCACACUCUAACGCACGUCAGCCCGUAUAGCCAGCGGACAACUUUCACAGCUUCAAGGAACCCGGGUAUGGCGAGACAAGAUCAUAUGCCACGGCAUAAUGUCCAAAACCAGAUGAUCGCAAACCAGGCGAACGCGCGCGCGUAUCCUUACCAGCGGAUGGCUCAGCAUUCCACCCCGUCCAUCGACCGUCAGCAGAAUUCGACGCUCCGAAAUAUGUCGGACUCCAUCAACUCAAACGCUGAGGCGCAGGAACAGCUCAAUGAUUAUCCCCUGUCUGAUUUUGGUGUAGAUAGCCCGGGCAUUGUGAACUGGGAUGAAUUCGAUUUGAGAUGGCCCGAAUUUGACUCUAUUCCCCAGGAAGCCGAAACUGCAGCAGAAGCACGCUCUAGAAAGCGCAAGAUGGAUGAGGCCGACAACGAGGACGACUCCCAUCGCUCCAAGCGCGCUCGUUGA